UCUAUUUUCGAUCUUUAACCAUGUAAGCUAAAUAGCGCUGUAAUUUAUAUACGACUGAUUAAACGAUUUUUACUACAUACACUUAACCGGAACAAACGAUUUUCUAUUGAGCCAAUGUCUUUGGCCUCCUUAAGUUUGCGUGUCGCUGCCGGAGGAAGCCAAAUGGUGGCAAGACAUGCUGCUGCUGCUGCUGGGGGGUUCGAUUAGACAAGUGACACCACCGCACGCACACCGCCCCCCAAAGUCGGAUUGAACCACUGCCACCCACGACACCACAUGGCACCGCCGCAUUUGACGGACUUGCUCCCGCGCUCAGUCAUCGCAGACAUGUCGUCGCGGACGAGCGGAUAUAGUAGCGGAGUUCGCUCCCAACGUUAUCCUGGUGGGCAGUACCAGGGCAAAUGGUUGGGCCUGCAGCCUCAUGGGUUUGGGGUAAAGCAAACGAGCAGUGGACUUGUCUACGAGGGUCACUGGCAGAAGGGUCAACGCCAUGGCAUCGGUAGUUUGCGUCGCAAGGAGCACGAUGGCCGCACAGAACGCAUCUACGUGGGUCAGUGGCGGGAGAACAAGCGGAGUGGCGAGGGCAAGCAGUUCUAUUCGGACGGAUCCGUCUACUUUGGUCAGUGGCUAGCGGACCAGCGAUGUGGAGAGGGCAUCCUAUGGCAGUCGGAUGGCGGCAUCUAUGUGGGCGAGUGGCUGCGGGACAAGAUGCACGGAAAGGGUUUGCUUAUCACGGCAACUGGAAAUCGCUACGUGGGUCAAUUUGAAGGAGGCUGCAAAUCAGGCUCAGGUGUAUUUUACCAUUCCAAUGGACAACGGAUUCAGCACGGUUUUUGGAGCAAGGACAUCUGUAGAACGUCACUACUGUCCCUGCCACAAGAUAAAAACAUUUCAUUUAUGUCAAAAGCUCUUUUGUAACACUUACACACAAUAUAUAUAUAUUUAAAUACCAA